AUGCUGCGCUUUACAGUGCGGCUCGCUUCGAGUGUCUGCGUUGCGGUAACCACCUUUGACAUAUCGUGGGACAUCCAGCUGUGGUCACAGGAGCAUCGAUGUCGCCAACUCUCGAGGGAUCCGAUGCGAUGGUGGGGCCAGAGACCUGGUUUGGCUCAGUCCAUGGGGUAUUCGUACUCCAAAAAUUGGCGACGUCCUCACUUUUAUAUCUCCACGAGAACCGAUAUGGUGCACAUCAAGCGAGUAACGGCUCUUGAAGGAGACAUUGUCAAGCCGAAACAUCGAAAUGAGCUGCUUCUUGUUCCGAAAGGCUGUUGCUGGAUGGAAAGUGAUAAUCCGGUGAACGCCAACGACAGUUAA